CUAUCAGGCACCGGACACACGUAUCAGCCAAUUCGGAUACGGCCCAGCCCAUUACGAAGUCGCCCUAACGCACAGACGCGCGACGCCCCGACCUCGAUUCGCGAUUCCGCAGUCGCCCGACCGGUGAAGCGCAGCCGCGACGCUGCUCGACGCCCGCCCGACGCCCGCCGGCCGCUGGCGCCGUUCCUGCUCGCCGGCGACGAGCACGGCCCCUGCUCACCCGCGAAGCCACCUGUGGAGCCUGCGCGGGCGCGCCUGCUCUUCCGCGACGGCUGAAGCCGCGAGGCUACGACGCCCGGCCGCCCGCGCGACGCCUGCCCGACGCCUGCCGGCCGCUGGCACUGUCCCUGCUCGCCGGCGACGAGCACGGCCCCUGCUCAGUCGCGGAGCCGCCCUGCUCUGGUCAGCCGCGGAGCCGCCCUGCUCAGCCUGCUCCUCUUCUUCAGAUUUAAAUAUAGACUUCCAUAAUUUUAUUUUUUUAUUUUAUUUUUAAUAUUAAACGUAUCCGCGUAUCUGGUUUUUUGGGAAUCGGCGUAUCCGCUUAUCCGUAUCCUUCCGAUACCGAUACGCGUAUCCGUAUCCGUGCAACUUAGGAUCCAACUGUAUCAGCUCAAGAUCAAUAUUAUUUAGAUGAGUAAUAAGCUUGGAAACAUGUUCUCGGCUCUGUGUCUGGAUGCUGAAGAUGACCGAGUUGAAGUACCACAGGCGCCUCCCAGCACAGACGAAACUGCUCCAAGCAAACCUGAUAAAAAUGAGCAGAAUGACACAACUGCAGUAAAGUAUGAGGAGGCAGCACUUGUAUCAUCAUCUGGUGAUUACAGAAUGCCUUUGGUAUGGAUAGACUUGGAAAUGACCGGUUUGGAUAUUACAAAAGAUCGGAUUUUGGAGAUUGCUUGUAUCAUAACGGAUGGUAAACUUACAAAACAAAUUGAGGGUCCUGACUUGGUUAUAGGCCAGAGCAAAGAUUGUUUAGAUAAUAUGGGUGAAUGGUGCAAAACUCAUCAUGCAGCUAGUGGUUUGACAGAAAGAGUGCUGCAGAGUGAACUUUCUGAACAUGAUGCAGAGGCAAAAGUUUUAGACUUUGUUAGGAAGCACAUAAAUUCAGGCACUCCAUUAUUAGCUGGGAAUUCUGUUUAUGUGGAUUUACUAUUUCUGAAGAAGUACAUGCCACAGCUUGCAGCUGUCUUCUCUCAUGUAAUUGUUGAUGUGAGCAGUAUAAUGGCUUUAUGCGUACGAUGGUACCCCAAAGAAAGGAAACAAACUCCAAGAAAGCAAAAAACCCACAGGGCAAUGGAUGAUAUUAAAGAAAGCAUCGCCGAACUGAAGUACUAUAAGGACAACAUUUUCAAACCACAGAAAUCAAAGCGGUAGCUGCAUGUGGAAUAGUUGAAUCAACUAAUAGCUAACCAGAAUUGCAGAGGGAUUUUCAGGUCAAAGCUGAAUGCCUUGCUUUGGGCUAUGUAAGGGGUUACGUUCUGUACAUCCAUUGACCAUUAGUGUUUGGGACUUUGGGUUUAUGGCACUAUUACUUCGUGGUAUUCUGAAGCCUUCCUGAAUGCGUCUCAUAGUUGCUGCAUCACAUACAUAGAUAGUAUUGAUUAUUACUUUGGAGGGAUUGAGAAACGAUCCCACCCAAGUGUGUUGAACUGGUCCGUCAAGCAUCCCAUUUGUUUAUGGGAAAGUCUAUUUUUGACCAUUCAACUAUUUUCCAAGUUUGUUUUGGCAAUGUAACUCAAUAGCCAGAAAUCUGUAACUAACGAAUUAUCAAAUACCGGAUAAAUUUGGUCAUCUAUCUGGUUUCAAA